GGGUCUGUGGGGCGCAUGGCCACGGGAUAUCCCCUUCUGCCCAUUGCCAGGGUGAAGCUGCCACCCACCCUUGCCACAGAGGCAGCGGUUCUCAGCACGCCUCGCCGGCGGGCGCUCAAACAAAACAAAGGCUCCCGGGGAAACGAGCCCAACCUGUUUGCCGCUGGGCUGCGGCCCGGGCAGGAAUGUGGGCGGUUGGUGACCACAGGCGGGUCCCACGGGGACGCGGAGCCUCAGCGCCCGCACUCCCACCCUCGGCAGCCAGGCGUCCGCACCAUGCUCCCGCUGCUCCUCCUGCUCCUGCCCGCGGCCCACGGCAUCGCCCAGCUGGGGUACAGACCGGCCCUGACCAAGGACCCCCCUCUGGAGGGGCAGACGACCACCUCCACCUUCGUGGUGGACCAGCCCCGCUGCGUCUUCCAAGACUACGGCGAUGCCGUCAUCUGGCUGGUGGUGGCCCUGGACCAGGCCGCAUCCACCUUCAACAACUCCGUGGCACCGGGGACUCCCGAGACCGCAUUCCAGAGCUUCCCUGACCCUGUCCGUGCCUACAUGACCCUCAACACCACCCUGGGCAACUACCCCUGCCCCAAACCCGCUGGGGACAUCACGGUGCUGCGCGUGGGCAGCGAGACGAGCUGUGCCCAGGAUGUGAUGAGACCCACCUGCAAUGGCCCCCUGCCCGGCCCCGGGCCCUACCGGGUGAAGUUCCUCGCCCUGGAGGGCUCUGUGCCCGUGGCUGAGACAGUCUGGUCGUUGCCAAUCACGCUGAAGACAGCCAAGCCGCCCAGCAGUGUCUCCACCACGGGCAGCGGGCACAGCGCCGACAUGAUCGCCAUCACCACCAUCCUGUCCAUCCUCUUCGCCAUCCUCCUGGCCGGACUGGUGGCCAUGCUCUUCUUCUGGGGCUCGGACUCCUGCGGCAGCAGCAGCACCUUCAGCAAGCCGGAGUCGGUGACGGUGCGGCGGUACAACACCCACCACGUCUAUGACCAGCCGGCCGCCCGGCUCUGAGCCCCCGCCGCCCCCGGCACCGCCGGCCCUCCCCCGUGCGGGGGUAAAUGUGACCCGCAGCGCUCCAUCCCUGCCACCCACGGGUGAUGGGUGCCCCCGCCGCCGUGGGGACACGGCCGGAGCCGCCCGCCGGCACGGGGGCGAUGGAGAGGGACAUUAAAGGCUUUUCCGCAUGCUCUGUG